AAAGAAAAUUUAUCGAAACUGCAAACAUAAAGACAAACAGUUGUUAUUAUAUCAGUUAUGGGGAACUGCUUUGGAACUCAACAAGUUGAUCACCAUAGCCAGUCCACCGUAAAGCCAUCCAGCCCGGGUACGUCGAAACUAAAAGUCGGCAAACAAAAUGGAUCGCCGCCGCCCACAACGAACAAAGAGAGAGGUGGCUCUGAAGGAAGAAGCAAGGAGGGUGAAAAGGCGGCCGUGCCCGCUAGCGGAAAGAAUCUGAUGAGCACCACCUUGAAAAUAUUUACUCUGGCAGAACUCAAGGCUGCCACCAGAAAUUUCAAGCCGGCUACGGUACUAGGUGAGGGCGGUUUCGGUAGAGUAUUCAAAGGUUGGGUGGAUGAGAAAACCUAUGCUCCUUCAAAAGUUGGCGUUGGCAUGGCGGUCGCCGUCAAGAAAUCAAAUCCCGAUAGCUCUCAAGGCUUGCAAGAAUGGCAGGCAGAGGUGAAAUUUUUGGGAAAGUUCAGCCAUCCAAACCUAGUAAAGUUGUUGGGAUACUGUUGGGAGGAGAACCAGUUCCUCCUUGUCUACGAAUACAUGCAAAAGGGAAGCUUGGAAAACCACCUCUUCAGAUCAGGAGGAGCAGAGCCUCUUACAUGGGGAACUCGGCUUAAAAUAGCCAUGGGGGCUGCCCAAGGCUUAACCUUUUUGCACACAUCAGAGAAGUGUGUUAUAUACAGGGACUUCAAAGCCUCCAAUAUUUUACUGGAUGGGGACUACAACGCCAAACUUUCGGAUUUUGGCUUGGCAAAGUUGGGCCCUAUAGAUGGCAAUUCGCAUGUCACUACACGGGUUAUGGGAACAUAUGGUUAUGCUGCUCCUGAAUAUGUUGCCACAGGUCAUUUGUAUGUUAAGAGUGAUGUGUAUGGUUUCGGAGUUGUGUUGUUGGAGAUGUUAACGGGCCUAAGGGCCCUGGAUACAAAUCGACCCAGUGGCGAGCACAAUUUGGUAGAAUGGGCCGAACAUUCAUUGACAGAGAAGAGAAAGUUGAAGAAAAUAAUGGACCCAAAGCUAGAAGAAAAAUACCCAAUCAAAGCUACAUUGCAAGCCGGUGAGAUUUUAAAGUGUAUGAAAUCUGAUCCCAGAAGCCGUCCAUCCAUGGAGAGGUGUUGGAGACACUACAAAGAUCAAUGACAUCAAAGGAAUUCA